AUGAGAAGCCUAAAGAAAUUCGGAAAUACCCGCCGUCGUAUAUUAGCUUUUAUUUUAAUACUUUGCCUUCUUAAAUUAUUUAAAUUUCCUAUUGUUUCGUCGUUAAGUACUUCCGAGAACAGAAGUCCAUUAGUUAAUUCAUUAUUAGGAACAUUAUAUAUUUCCUCAAUACCAAAUUUUAUUCUUUAUUUUGUUCCACCCGAUAUAAAACCUUCAUCAUUAAAUUCAUUAGUUAGUUUUGCGGUAGGUGGAUUAUUAGGUGACGUUUUUUUACAUCUUUUACCUCAUUCAUUUUUAGGUGAAAAUGAUGAAAAUUCGAAUGAAACAAUUGAUAAUUUUAUUAAAGUUGAUGAAAAAAAGAAUGUAAUUAUUGGAUUAGCAAUCUUUACUGGAUUAAUGAUUAUAAAACUUUCAGCAUAUCUUAAUUUAUUUGCAGAUGCUACACAUAAUUUUACAGAUGGACUUGCGAUGGCUGCGUCAUUUUAUACAUCACCAAGUAUAGGAGCCACUACUACGGUAGCAGUAUUUUUUCAUGAAAUUCCUCAUGAAAUUGGAGAUUAUGCAAUUUUAAUUCAAAGUGGAUUCACUAAACGAAGUGCAAUGUUUUCUCAAUUUAUAACAGCUAUUGGUGCAUUUCUGGAAAUAAGUGGAGGGAUUUUAGGAACAGGUAUAUUUUUAGGUGAUUUAAUUAUUCCAUUUACGGCGGGAGGAUUUUUAUAUAUAGCGACAGUUGGAGUAAUUCCGGAAUUAUUAGAGAUAUCAGGUAAAUUUAAUAAAGAUAUUAAACAAGCAAUUACUGAAUUUAUUGCAAUGUUUAUUGGUAUUGGAAUGAUGACAAUUAUUGCUUGGAAUGGAGAAAAAUUAAGUUUCAAAUAA